CCAUAACAAUGCUGCUGACUUGCUCAUCAGCCGUCAAGAACCUGAGCCGUAAACUCGUCCGAGUUCAACCACCACCAACCCCAAACAAGGCGACCGCAAUGACCCGACCCGUUUGCGACGUCUUCAUCAACCACCGUGGGAUCGACACGAAACGAACCAUUGCCGGUUUGCUUCACGAUCAUUUGUUCAGGCUGGGUUUAAGGCCUUUCUUGGAUAGUCGGAGCAUGAAGCCCGGUGAUCGGUUGUCCGGGAAAAUAAAUCCGGCUAUCCGGAACUGUAAACUAGGAGUAGCGAUAUUUUCGCCCAACUACUGCGAUUCGCGCUUUUGUCUGCAAGAGCUUGCCCUUUUGAUGGAGAACAAAAAGAGGGUCAUCCCAAUAUUUUGCGACGUGAAGCCUUCUCAGCUUCAGGUUAUGGAUUAUGGGAUUUGUUCGGCGGAGCAAUUGGAAAGGUUUAAUCGGGCUCUCGAGGAGGCUAAACACACGGUCGGACUUGCAUUCGACACCGACAAAGGGGAUUGGUCGGGGUUCUUGAAUUCUGCAACCGAAGCUGUCAUUGGGAACUUGGUGGAGUUGCAAGCUCAGAAUUCAACACAUAUUCUGCGUGGUCGUGAAUAA